AUGUCUGCUUUCCUAUCCGGAGCGGCAGUGGAAUGCGGCCCAAAUAACGUACUGAAAAACGUACACGGUAGGUUGGACAGGGAUACGUCUACACAGCAGGAUCGACUGGUAUCUACACCCAACGUAGCGAGCUCUUCGAAGCAGCCUUUCAAGUCUCAGACAUCCUCAUAUUCACCUUCAGCGCAGAUCCCUCAAAAUGCUCAAUCACCAUUCGAUAUCGCCUCUUUACGUCAACACCUCCCUCCUGCUCAGAGAACCUCCCUCGAUCCUCCAGCUUCAUCUUGGGCAAACGCGUUUGGUGUUCACACUCAAUCUCAAGCUGGUCCUAGUCGAUCGCAAGAGAGGACAGUGCCUCGGCAAACGCAAGCUCAUUCGAACGGCUGGAGUCAUGAGUACGCCCAGGCGCAAAGUGGUACGAAUCCGAGUCAGCAAUCGACGAGACUGUCACAGCCUGUUAUAGCACCUUGGAAAAGGCCACUACAUCAUCAUGCACCCAAUAUAUCAACUCAAUCGUAUCAAGCACCAUUCCAAGACCAUCAUCCACCACACGUAACAAGGCCAUCAUCAGCUCCCGCCAAACGAGGUCCUCCAAUCUCCCACGAACAGCUGACCGGAUCACAAGAUAUCUUAGCUAAGACGGCUCAGACGUUUGUCGACGAGCUGGAAGGCCCUGAUGGCAUCCUGAAAGCAAAUCCCAAGCUGGCUCAAAGCAAUUUCAUAUCGUUACUUAGGAAAGUUGGUAAUGGGAAUGUAGUGAUAGAUGAGAGUAAACAGACGUACAGGGAUGAAAUAGGAGAAGGAGCGAAUUUGGUUGAGAGAGAUACGUUAAUGGAACGUACAGAAGAUAUCCUGGAGAAUGACAAGAGUGAUGGGGCGAUGUAUAAUUGGGCGAAUUCAUUUAAUGCGGCAUUUCCAGAACAGAAGCUCAGGAUGAAGAACAACGAGAACAAUAUCAGUACUGCUCCACCUAUGGGUUAUAUAAAUGGUGCGAUACCUUCGUUGGAUCGAUAUGAUACCCCAUCACCAGCACCAAAUCUCCGAACUAAUUGGGAAAGCUCGUUCCAAGAUCAAGAAGCGCUCAUUCGAUCAUCCGAAAAUGCCUCGAGGAAAAGUGUACAUUUCGAUUCUGACGUAGAUUUAUCAUCCACAAAUGGAGUACCUAAGACCCUGGAAGAAGCUUUGAGACAUACUACGUCUAUACCUGGAAUGGGAGCUUCGUGGGAAGAAGAGGGAUUGGAUUUAGAUGAUUUCAACGAUGAGGUGUUCAUGGGAUACAAUGGGAUGAUGAAAACUGUACCUACAACCGAGGUGAAUGAAGGAGUAGGAAACGAACAAAGUUGGGGUCAAUUACAGAAUGAUUGGGAAAAUUUCCAAAGAACCGAACCUGCGAAACAGCAACUGAGAGGUAUGGGGGUAGCUGAUAGGUAUUUAUUUCAGAGGAAGAACCCGUACUUUGGAGUUAGCGAGGUUGCAUCGUAUUGGGAGAUGGCCCAGGAGUCACCAACGUUGAAAGGCGUACUCGAGCUCGAAGCUGCCGUUCAGAAAUCCCCAUCAUCCUUCGAAGCAUGGUACAAUCUAGGUUUAAAACAACAAGAGAACGAACGGGAGGAAUCUGCUAUAUUGGCAUUGUCUAAGACUAUCCAACUUGAACCUGACUAUAGACCUGCAUAUUUGGCUCUGGCAGUUAGUUAUACUAACGAAAGUGAGGUAGAGGCUGCUUGUACGAUGUUGGACAAAUGGAUUAGUCUUGGGGAAGGUUCAGGUCCCAGUACGAGUGGACUCGAUGUACAAGAGGGAGGAAAAUUGAGGAACAGGGCAAGGUUGAUUGACAGGUUGAUCGAUGUAGCUAGACAGGAUCCCGAGAAUGUAGAUGCGGAUGUACAAGUUGCUCUAGGGGUCUUGUUCAAUGCCACAGAGGAAUACCAAAAAGCAGAAGAUUGCUUCCUUGCUGCGUUAUCUGUACGACCUGAUGAUUGGCUGCUGUACAAUCGGCUUGGAGCUACUCUAGCGAACAGCGGCAGAUCCAACGAAGCGAUUCAGUAUUAUCAUAAAGCUUUGGAGCUCCAUCCGAACUUUGUUAGAGCGUUAUUCAACCUUGCUAUAUCAUAUAUCAACCUCGGCCAAUACCCCCUAUCUGCCCAGUCCGCUCUUGAUGCUUUGCGAAUACAGCAUUCCGAUGCAUCUGAGGGAUACUCGUUCGGACAAGAAGGAAGUAAAGUAAAGUCGAAGGGAAUUACAAGUGAGGCAUUGUGGAAUGCCCUGAGAAGCGCUUGCAUUCAUAUGAAUAGACAUGAUUUAGUGGGUUUGGUGGCACAACACGAUUUGUCGGGAUUCCCAAUGAGUUUUGGUGAUCUUGAGAUCCAGCAGUAA